AUGCUCCGCAGGACGUCGCGUUCCCUCGACGAGGAGGAGAUGCACGAGACUGGUGGCGAUGAGCCUCAGGGUCCGCGUUCCUCGGAGUCCACCGUCCGGCCAGAACUGCCUGGCGAGAAUUCCGAUGAAGUCAAUUGGGACGGGCCCGACGAUCCUACUAACCCUCAAAACUGGCCUGAGGCGGUCAAAUGGCGGUUGACCGUCCUAUGUGCAGGCCUUACUAUGACGGUGACAUUUGCGUCGUCGGCGCCGUCGUCCGCGAUCCAGGUGCUGCAGAAGGAGUUCGGGGUGGGACGGGAAGUGACGGAGCUGGUGACGGCUCUUUUCCUUGCCGGGUUUUGUGCCGGACCUCUUAUAUGGGCACCCGGGUCCGAACUAUUUGGGCGCAGACCGAUCUUCAUCCUCUCAUUAUUCCUUUUCAUGAUUUUCCAGAUCGGGUGCGCGCUUGCACAGAAUAUAGCGACAAUUAUUGUCAUCCGUUUCUUGACUGGCGUUUUCUCGGCGAGUCCUUUGACAAACGCAGGUGGUGUCAUUGCCGACAUUUGGGAUCCCAUCAAUCGAGGCGCGGCUAUGAGCACCUUCACCGCAAGUGUCUUCCUUGGUCCAAUCAUAGGUCCCUUCAUCGGAGGUUUUCUGACAACCAGCUAUCUUACAUGGCGUUGGAUAUUUUGGCUUAUAAUGAUUCUUUCUGCCACCGCGUGGAUCUGUGUCAUCCUGUUUUUCCCGGAAACCUUCGCGCCAGUGUUGCUCGCGACUAAGGCCAAGAAACUCCGUAAGCAAAACCCAGAGAAGAAUGCGAAGAUGUAUGCGCCACACGAACGACAGGAUUGGUCCUUCAGAGGCGUUCUACAGCGAACAUUAUAUCGCCCUUUCCACAUGCUUGCUUUGGAACCGAUCUUGGUGCUUGUCACGAUAUACCUGUCGAUCGUCUAUGGAUUGCUCUACGGACUGUUCGAGGCAUUUCCCCUGAUAUGGGCCGAUCUUCGUGGCUUCAGUCCCGGCCUUGCGGGCCUGAUUUUUAUCGGCGUCGGGAUCGGGAGCACAUCAGGGGCGCUGUUGAAUGUCUGGUUCUCUCGGAAGUACCGGACCCUCACACCGCAGUGGCGAGGAACACCCCCACCUGAAUACAGGCUGUACGGGAGCAUGCUCGGAGGUCCUCUGCUAGUCAUCGGGAUCUUCUUCCUUGGUUGGACGGGGGCGUACAAGAGCGUGCCGUGGUAUGUACCGGCCUUGGCAACACCGAUUAUAGGCGCUGGGAUCACACUCGUAUUCAUCUCCUUCUUGACGUACAUCGUCGACUGCUAUCUAAUGUAUGCUGCAAGCGGCCUGGCGGCUAACACCAUCGUGCGGUCCGCCAUCGCAGCUGCUUUCCCCUUAUUCACGGUCCAAAUGUUCGAAUCGCUUGGGAUUCAGUGGGCGUGCACGUUGAUCGGAUGCGUGGCUCUCGUUCUUGCUCCAAGUCCAUUCUUCUUCUUCAAGUAUGGCGCCCGCAUACGACAGAAGAGUCGGUUUGCCCCGGCCCCUGAUCUCAAAGUCGCGCAAGACAUUGAAGAGGAGAAGCGGCGAGCUGAGGCCUGA